AUGCAACGGGACACAGCACUCACCUUUGGCGACAUCCAUGGCUCUUUGGAAGCCUUACAAGCCAGUAUAGAUGAGAUCCAAGAGGUCGCCCUUGUAGAAGAAGCCCAGCUUCAUAUAGAGUCUGCGCCUAUCAACUUGCGGUUUCUCGUUCCUCAUGGUACUCCGAGCUUCGAUGCCGACGGGAGUGUGAAGAGAGUCGCGGUCUCAUACACUUGGGACCAUGACAAUUCGCAAGACAAGAACAAGUCGUUUCCUGACUAUGUCAUAUGGGCUGGUGGAGUUUUCCGGCCGCCUAGAUGUCACGUCGAAAUUAUUCAUCGGGCGUUUUGCUUCGCACGGUCCAAAGAGGCUUCGCUGGGCGGGAGUCCUCGAGUUUGGAUCGAUCAGGAAUGCAUUGACCAGACCGAUCCUGCCGAUAUUGAGAGACAUCUGCGAAUCAUGCAUCGCGUGUACUCACAGAGCACAUUUACAGCCGCAAUUCUCUCCACCAAGAUAUCGAGCCAAAGCUUCCUGGAUAAUUUGGAAGAAUUCUUCGUUACGGAUACGAAAGAAUUUUAG